UAUGACAAUAUUAAGAUUAUUCUUGAUUAUAUGAGCAUUCUUUGCUAUCCUUUACAUAACAAACAGCCAAACUUCAGAAUGGGGAACAUAUAGAGAAACAAUUGCAUUGGAACGUAAAUGCUGUAACAAAAGAAAUCAUCCAACUUUAAUCGGUUCCUGAGUCUUUGAAAUCAUAACCGCUACUGUAAUCCUUUAAAUCUGUUAAACAACACUUUUGUUCGCAGGCAUGAACCAGUUUAGGUGGAAAAAUAUUGAAAAGCCUGUUGGCCUCAGAGAAACCGACAUGAGGUCAUUUUGAGGAUGAGGAGGCUUAGAUGUUCCUGGAGCUUCGUGAAACCCCUGAUCAUCAUCCUCACGCCACUGUCACUUCUACCGCUGCCUCUGGUUAUCAAGACAAAGGAAGCAGAAUGUGCUUAUAUUUUGAUUCUGAUGGCUGUGUACUGGAUGACAGAGGUCCUGCCUCUGUCAAUUACGGCCCUUCUGCCAGCUCUUCUUUUCCCUCUGUUUGGGAUCAUGAAGUCUUCUCAGGUACACACCCCUGAAAACUUUACGUUCGGAAAACAAUCCUAUGAAAACUAUAGUUUUUAGACUACUAUUGUACACUCAUGUGGAUAGUUUGUACAAAGGAUAAUUCAACAUCUCUCUCUUUAGGUCGCCUCUGUGUAUUUCAAAGACUUCCAUUUGUUGUUGCUUGGGGUCAUCUGUCUAGCAACAGCCAUUGAGAAGUGGGGUCUUCACUGCAGAAUUGCUCUUAGAUUGGUGACCUUGGUCGGAGUCAACCCUGGCAUGUUGAUGCUGGGCUUCAUGGUGGGCUGUGCUUUUCUCUCCAUGUGGCUGAGCAACACAUCAACUGUGGCGAUGGUGAUGCCGAUUGUGGAAGCUGUGAUACAGCAGGUUUUGAGCGCAGGAGACGAGCCCAGCAAAGACCACAAGGGGGCGUUAAAUGGCAUCUCCAACCCUGCCCUACAGCUUGAAGAUAUCGAGGCCCAGUAUGACCAACCUGAGAAUAUGAAAAGCAUUGAAGCAGGAGUUACAGAGCCAGUUCAGACAGCCCCUGAGGAACCUGAAACUAAAGCACCGGCGCCACAGUCAAACGGAAAGUACAAGAGCCGUGAAGAUCACAUGAUUUGCAAAGGCCUGUCACUCUGCAUUGCCUACUCGUCAUCCAUAGGGGGUCUGACAACCCUGCCAGGAACUUCAGCCAAUCUCAUUUUCGCUGAAUACAUCCACCAGUAUUACCCAGAAUGCAAAAGCAUAAAUUUUGGGAACUGGUUUGUCCUUUGUCUUCCCAUUUGCAUAAUUAUGCUGAUUUUGUCAUGGAUAUUCCUGCACUGGAUGUUCCUAGGAACCAACUUUCGUGCCAGUCUGUGCUCCAGGAAGCAGACUGAUAAAGAAAGAAAGACUGCCAAGGUGCUUCAGGAUCAGUACAACUCACUUGGACCUAUAAGCUGGCAGGAGAUCAACAUCUUGGUUAUCUUCAUUCUGAUGGCAGUUUUGUGGUUUGCGAGAGAGCCGGGUUUCAUGCCCGGCUGGUCAUCGCUGUUCGCUGAGCACAGAGGCUACGCUACGGACGCCACUGUAGCACUAUUGCUGGGAUUCAUGUUCUUCAUCAUCCCAGCUCACAAACCAAAUGCAAAUCGCUACGGUACUUGUUCUUCAUCUUUGCCUUUCUGCAGUGUGAAAACCUUCAAAAUGUUUCCUCGCGGACUGUCUGUCGAUGACGAUUUGGUGUUGAUAAAUGUUUUUAAUCCUGCGACAGAGACCUUGAUAACAUGGAAGGAAUUCCAGGCUUGUAUGCCAUGGGAGAUCUGUCUGCUCGUGGGUGGGGGUUUCGCUUUGGCUGAAGGCACAAAGAUUUCUGGUUUGUCGUCUUGGGUAGCUGAAUUGCUGACUCCCCUGGGAAAUCUCCCUCCUUUAGCCACGGUCACCAUUGCCUGCCUUAUUGUCACCUCUGUCACGGAGGUGGCCAGCAAUGCUGCCACAAUCACAAUCUUUUUGCCUAUACUGGCCCCCCUGGCAGAGGCGAUUGGGGUGAACCCUCUUUACAUGCUGAUUCCCACAGCUCUCUGUGUGUCUUUCUCCUUCCUGCUGCCUGUUUCCAAUCCUCCUAAUGCCAUUGUCUUCACAUAUGGCCAUCUCACAAGCAUGGAUAUGGUGAAGGCAGGCCUGGGUGUUAACAUUAUAGGCGUUCUUACGGUCCUGUUGGCUCUUACAACAUGGGGAACACCUCUGCUUAACUUGGACACCUAUCCAGAAUGGGCACCGGUGGCAAACAUCACUGGAGUAUGACCAUUGUGACAUUUAGAAAUAUGAAAAUGUAUUUAGUUUUAAAAUGAAACAGGAUGCCUUGUAGUCAGAGUUCUUGACUAUACACAAUCUUAUGGCACGCUGUUGUUUGACAUCCAAAUGUUGGACUUCUCAUUCACUUGGCCAAAAUGUUGGCCUCAGGCAGUCUAACAGACAGCUACUAAAGGUUUGAGGUUCCAGGAGAUGUUCUAUUUGAACAUCAUUGUUUAUGUUUUUGUAUUAUAUACUUUUUUUUAAAGAAAGGAAUUUACGAUAAGUUUGUGAAUGUUGAUAUUCAAAGAGACUUAGAGUUGCUAUAAACUGCUUUGCACUUUUUAUGUGCAUACUGCAUAUCGUCACAUUGGAAUUAUAAAGUUCUAUCUGAUAUUUUGGUCAAAAUUCACAUAUUCUUAUUUACAUUAUGUGAUGUUUUUUUCCUUUAUGUUGUGUACAUUUAAGACUUCUUUAGAAAGCAAAAAAGUUCGAUACAACGUCUAAGGCAAUGCAAAAACUUUGAAGCUCAAUAUAUUAAAGAUGCUUAGAAUGCAGAUAGAACCAUAUCAUUUCAAAGUGGCAAUAUAACUUACUUUUGCAUAUGUAUAUUGUUUAUUUUUGUUGUUUAUAGAGUAGCUUGUGCAUGUAUACAGAUAAGUAAACAGAAUAUCUGUAGAAUGUUGAAAUGACACAGAUUGAAGUUAACAUACAGUAAAUACAUACAGUAAGUUUCAAGAAGUCUUUGAUGGUGACACUCUCCCUAGUGGCCAAUAAUAACUAUUCAUUUUAGGUUAGUUAGCAUUUACCUUUUGUGGCUCAGUGGCUGGUUCCUGUUUUUUAAAGGAGUAGUUCACCUUCAAAUUGAAAAUUCUGUCAAACAGGUUUGAAAUGGCAAGAGGGUGAGUAGAUGAUGACAGAAUUUUCAAUUUGAAGGCAAACUGCUCCUUUAACAUGAGCUCUCCAACUGUAUAGCUCAAAUAACAAAGACCUAGAUUUUUAAUUAUAAAAUUGAUUUUUCUUUUCAGUACUGUAACUGUCCUUGAAACUCAUCUCAGACAGCAAUGUAAUGUAAAUAGAAAAGUAACUUUAAUUUUGGUUAUAAUAUGUUGUUAUGAAGUGGUCCUUGUAAGAAGUAUUUCGUUGAUAGAAAUCAUUGUCUUUUCACUAAAAGAGAACUGUGAGACAUUUAGUCUAAUAUAUAGUCUAAUAUAUCAAUAUCAUGGAUAACUUAAAAAUAAACUAUUUGUCUCAUUGACUUGAAGCCACAAUAUGAAGAUGCAGUAAACACUGUGUAGAUAUUGUAUGUACCUCAUGAGGAAAUGGUUGUGAAAGUGUAUAGCCCAAGGCCGUGCACAGUGGGGUGGCCCGGUGGCUAGAGCCACUGCCCCUCCGCCACUCAUCCUCUUAGGAGCCCCACUCAACCCCACCUCCGGGCAGGCAUCCAUUCAAGAUCCCCGCUUAAAGACGUCUAUUAACACACGCUAAACAUCCUCUGAUUCCGCCUAUCCGCCCCGUGUUUUCCCGCUCGCUCCCAAGUAUCACUCACAGACAGUCUCUGUCGGAACACUGGAGUGAAGACGACAGUAUCAGAAGUUCAUCCCGUCACUGUAUUAUCCACAUGUUUGUUUUUUGUGUCUUUGUUGGUAAUGUUUUGCUCCUGGUUUUCUAAUAUUGGUGCUAACUGCAAACAACUUGGACAAAAUAUCAAUUCUCAUAAGAAAAUGAGAAUUCUUGUCAAAUCAAAACACUUUGUAGAAAAUGCCUUCACAAAGCUGACAGUUUGUCACACUGUAACUCCUGUGCAGUACAUUUCCCCUGAUCUAUUUUCUUAGUUGAAACCAGUCAUCUAUAACAUAUAUAUCAUAGAAAUGACAUUUUAUUAAGACCAUAUUAAUAGUAGCCUAGAUAGCAGGAGAGCAUGUGAAAACCAUUGAAUCAUUUGUUAAUGUUAAUGCAUCAAUAUUUCCUGUAGCUCAUUGGAUAAAGCAUGGCACUAUAGCAAUGCCAAUGUCAUGGGUUCGAUCCAAGGGAUUGCACAUACUCAGAAACAAAUGUAUAGUAUAAUGCAAUGUAAUUCACGUUGGAUGAAAGCAUCUGCCAAAUGCAUAAACGUAAAUAUCGCUUUUGCACCUGCAAAUAAUGUUGAAAAAUGAUUGUGAAAAUGCUGUAUUGGCUACUAUAAAUGUUUUAAGAGUUGUACCUGAACAUAGCACAACAUAAAAUAUAGAUUUACAUAUUUACUGAGUGCUACAGUGUCAUAAGUUGAAAGACAUCUCUAAGAGCGUGUGGUGUCUUCUCCUGCCCCAACCCCAAGUGCCCUUUUUUUGUUUCGGCUACUGCCGCUCAAAAUGUCUGUGCACGGCCCUGGUAUAGCCUAUACUUUAUUUCCCCUUUUUUAUGAAAUAAUAGAUGUUUACUCUAUUAAUGCAUGUAUUUCAAAAGAGGGGUGUCUAAAGUGCAGUCCUGCAUUUGUACCCU